AUGCAGUACAAGGUGCUCGUUCCUCUUCUCCUCGCCGCUACGGCUCUGGCUGCCCCUGCUCCGGAUGCCACCGGUACAUCCUCCAGCGAAGAGACUUCCGACAGUGAUGAUAGCUACGAUCUUGCUGAUGUGCCCAGCUCCAUCAUGAGCGUUCUGGCCACCGCCAUUCCAUCGUCGUGGUACGAUGACAUUCUGGACCCAGAAUCUCGCUCCGCCAUCAUCAGCGAGGCUGCGGCUGGUACCUACCCAGCUUGGUACAACUCGCUUCCCGGCAGUGUCAAGGCCUGGGCCACUUCUCAGUUCGACGAUGAGAUUAUUGGAGCUUCAGCUACUGCUGCUAGCAUCUCUGAGACCGCUGUUGGCAGCGCUUCCCAGACUGCCGCUAGUACUGUUGCUGAAACUGGCAGCUCCCAGGCCGCUGGCAACACUGUCAGUGAGACUGCCAGCCAGACCGCCAGCCAGACUGCUUCUUCAUCUGGUAGCGAGACCACCUCUGGCUCUUCCUCCUCUUCCGACGCUAGCUCUAGCUCUGCCUCGGCUUCUGCCUCCUCUUCCCAGUCCACCGGUGGUGCUCCUGCCCCUACUGGUGCUGUUGCCAUGAGCUUUGCUGGUGCAGCUGGUGUUCUGGCCCUUGCCCUUGCUCUGUAA